GAGAUAGAGAAUUAGUGUUCCGAAGAUCGGUUGAAUAUUCAAAGUAGAUCGCGAGGAAGCACACUGUACUAUACCCAAAAAUUUAAACUAAUAACCUUGUGGCGAAGCCUCGCCCGGAGCUCUAAUCUCCCGGCUUCGCUUCAUAUACAACUGAUAACCCCCAAGACCUGGGUUAAUCUUGAUAACACUUUAGCAAUAGCUAUAAAAGUGCCCUCAAUCCCAGAUCACGCUUUCAAUUGCUUCCAGCUCUCUUGGUGGAUUUUGUGUCCGGACUCCGGAAAGUUCUCGAGUUGUGCUAAUUUUGCGUAGAAGACUGGUUUUUUAUUGAGACUAUCUACCUGAUUGUUUGUGAUUCAGGGAUACUUCUGUGAUUCUUACCGUGACUGAAUUGAUUUUUCUUUAGUUGUUUUGUGCCUUUUGAAUGUGUUUGACUGCCCAUCAAAGUGAUUAUCACGUAAUUUGUGCCACAAAGGCUCUUCCAGAAAUUCUUGCUGACUGCCUCUUUGAUAUUUGUACAGAUUGCUCAGCGAUGCCGUCGUUGCCCCAGGGAGCCUUUGCCGCCUGCAAGAUUGGCCAGAAGUUUUCGUCUGAGAAGGAUACGUCAGUGAUGCGUAUUCCGCCCCUUUUUGGCCAAGAUAAACAACAUUAUUCCAACAACAAGAAGCUGAUGGAAUACACACCAGUCAAGUACAAUGGCAAGAUGAUGAACAGCAUCUGGGGACUCUACAACAAGUACUCACCCCAUAACAUCAAGAACGUCUCUGACGUUGAGGAAUCGUGGAAAGUGGCUCCAGAGCAGGGAAAAUACUUUACUGCUCAGAGCACCAUGAAUGACGCUCGCAAAUCCUUCUGGGACGCCACUGCCACAUUUCCGCGCCACUGAAGACGAUCUUGGAGGUCAUUUUUGGUCCAAAGGGGCCCUACAUAGCAUUCCACUGUAACUAAUUUCAGUGAGAAAUAAAGCUUUGAAAUAUA